AUGCUCGUCUUUGAUCCCAGAGCACGAACCAGCGCUGUCCAGGCUCUGGCCCACGAAUACCUUGCUCCUUACCACGACCCUACAGACGAACCAGAGGCCGGCGAACGCUUCGACUGGUCCUUCAACGACGCCGAACUCCCCGUCGAUAGCUGGAAGAUCAUGAUGUAUGCGGAGCUCCUUUCGCCUCUUUCCCCCUCCAUCAACAACAACACCAACAACAACAACACCACCACCACGAGUCCCCUCACAAUACCAAUGCCACCACCACCACCGCAAAUACCACUAACCCAGCCACCUCAAAUACCCUGA